UUUGAUUCGAGUGAACUCCCUUUAAUUUAAUUAGUUUACAAUAAUGUCAAUAUCUACUCCAGUACUCCAGAUUAAAAGUACAGAUUCAACAAAAUGUCUAGUGAUGAUGAGGAUGAUUAUAUGUCAGAUAAGGUCUUGCAAAUGUGUGGAGACACAAGACCUGGUUUAGCGCCAAAACAAAUACAACAGAAGUAUGAGAAGGAAAAGAGUAUGAAAGUGGCCAAUAAACAAAAUGCAACUAUUCCUAAGCACAAGCUUGAAGCUACUCAUCGUGAAGCAGGGCUUAGCGCUAGCAUUUCUACUGAAAGUAAAGGAUUUGCACUGUUGCAAAAAAUGGGUUACAAACCUGGCAUGGGAAUAGGGAAAUUAGGAAAUGGUCGAGUUGAGCCAGUCCCUAUUGAGUUGAAAACUAACCGUUCAGGACUAGGCAGAGAUUCAGAGAUGAAAAGGAAAGCCACAGAGAUGAACAAUAUGAGAGCUGCCAUGUUAGCCAAGAGACAAAAGGCUGUGGAGAAACAGAAAGAAACUUUUGUAGGCAGAAUGAGUGAGCGGUUUUCAGAAAAGCAUGUCGAGAGAGAUUUGAGAACAGCACAACGAGCAUGCUUACAACUAGAUCAAGAACAGGGCCUAACAGAACCAGAGGAGCCAUUUUUUUGGCCUGCAGUAACUUUGCUUACUAAAGAAGAGGAAGAAAAAAGUGAUGAUGAUGUUGAUGAAAAAAAUUGUGAAAGUGAAUCAGAUGAAGAUGAAAUAACAGAAUGCCCUGCUUAUUUAGAAUUUUCUGAAGCGGAACGGCUCGAAAUAGUUACCCGAUAUCUUCGAAAUGUAUACAGUUAUUGUUUAUGGUGUGGCACUAAGUAUGAUGACAACAAAGACCUUGAAGCUAAUUGUCCUGGUAACUCCUUCCAAGCACAUGAAUGAUGAGUGAUACAAUCUACAGAGCAGCCAGGUGUCUCAUACAGUUUUAAGACAGAAACUUGACCAUUGGUGAAUGUUAUAAAUAACCUACAGUUGCCAAGUGAAUAUCCAAAUGGAUGAAGAAACAAUGUUAAUUUAACUCUAUUGCAGUUGAAUGUUAUAUUAUUACAAGUAUAUAAGUACAUUUUAAGUACUUUGUAAAUACAUUAUUUUUAACCAC